AUGGAUACAUUUAAUGAACAAUUAGACAUUGGUCUAAAAUAUUUCCAGAAAUUAGCUGAUCAAAGCAUAGAAACUGAUUUAUAUCCAUUGAUUUCAGCUUGGACACUUGAUGUCAUUUGUGAAACAGCAAUGGGUAAAACAGUUCGAGCACAAACUGAAGAAUCUGAAUAUGUAAAAGCUGUUGUACGAAUUACUGAGAUUAUAGCUUUACGAAUGCGUUCACCAUGGUUAUGGCCUCGGCCAAUAUUUAAACUUUCCGCUUUAGGUCGUGAACACGAUCAUGUUCUGAAUAUUAUACAUAAAUUUACUCGACAAGUAAUCGAAGAUCGUAUUGCUGACUUUUCUUCAAUUCAUCUUCAACAUCGAAUGGCAUUUCUUGAUACACUUAUUGCAAAUAUGCAUGAUGAACAAAUGUCAAUUGAUGACAUACAAGAAGAAGUCGAUACAUUUAUGUUUGAAGGUCAUGAUACAACAGCAACUGGACUUAAUUUUGCUUUAUUUAUGAUUGCACUUCAUCAGGAUAUUCAACAACGUUUAUUUGAAGAGAUGCAAAAGAUAUUUGAAAAUAAUAAUGAACGUCUAUGUACUUUUGAUGAUGUUCAACAGAUGGAUUAUCUUGAAUGUGUUAUCAAAGAAACAUUAAGACUUUUACCAUCCGUUCCUAUAAUUGGACGAGAAAUUCAAGAAACUUUUCAAUAUAACGGUAAAACGUUUGUGAAAGGCACAACAGCUAUAAUAUUUAUCUAUGAAAUCCAUCGUGAUCCACAACAUUUUCCUGAACCAGAUAAAUUCGAUCCUGAUCGAUUUUUACCCGAAUUAGUUCAACAACGACAUCCUUAUGCAUACAUUCCGUUUUCUACUGGUUCACGAAAUUGUAUUGGUAUGUUGAGAAAUUCUAUACAUCCUAUGUAUAUUAAUUUUAUUCUUGUUUUGAAAGGUCAACGUUUUGCUUUGCUCGAAGAAAAAGUAUUCUUAUCAACAAUCAUUCGUCGAUUUUAUCUAACAACAAGUCAAAGUUAUAAAGAUUUUGUACCAACUGAGCAAAUAAUUCUUCGUUCUGAUAAUGUACUUAAAGUGAAACUUACAUCACGCACAUAA